GUGGACUCCCUGCUGUAUAUGGUCAGAACAGACUCUCGACGACUGCACACUACACCUCUCGCCUGAUCACACCGUACACCUCAACCGUACGCUCGUGCACGUAUGACCCCAUCAGUCGCUGUAUCUGUAGGCAAACCCAUCGAGACGUCAAACAAACAGGUUGGCGACGGAGAGGGGCAAGAGCAGGCCGAGCGCUUUGCUGCCGAUCACGCUCGCAGUCGUAGCCGUCGAUGCGCCGCCUGCUGCCGCACCGGUCGCCGCGGCCGCCGGCACGGCUGCCGCACCACUCGCCGCCGUACUGCGCAGGAAUGCAGUCAGGACGGGCAGCAUGGCCAUCCGCCGAGCCGAGAGCACGCGGCCAGCCUCGAGAGAAUGGGCAGCGCGCCCAAUCGCUGCGGCGGCGGCGGGGCUGCUGGCGGCACUCACGGCUUUGGCGAGGGAGGCUGCUGCGGCGGGGGCGGCGACGGCGACCGGCGCGGCGCUGUCAAGUCCGCCCGCAACGAGGCCGAUGGGUCUGGCGGCGGAGAGGAGCGCUUGGCGCGCGGCGAAGACGCCAACUUGCGGCGACGUGGCGAGUGCGAGCAAAGAGGCGACUCCGACCGCGUGCAGCGCAGCGCGGGGCGGGAGCUGCUUCGCGAGCUCCGCCACGCGCGCCUUUAGCAACCCUUUCGUCGCCGACCUGUUUGUCCUGCCCGCCUGUCUCUCCGCCGCCGGCAUGUCGAACGCCCUCGCAACCGCCCGCGCCGGAGCCUUGACUUUGAGGGCGAUUCCGUGGCGCCAGGUUGGGGUGGCGUGCGUGCG